AUGAGAUCCAUUUGCAAGGCCCUAUAAAAAUUUGAGAAAAAAGAGUUUGGAAUGAGUGAUCGUUUAUUAUCAAAAUUAAAUAAAACUGAUUAAAGCAAUAUUCUCAAAUAUGCAAAUGAUGAUGAGAGCAGUUCUGAGGAUGAUAAAUAGGAUGAGAGUAUUUCAGAGUAAGAUGUAAUUGAUAAAAGAAAGAAAACUUAUAGAAAGAACUCUAAUUAAUCAUUUGAUUCAAUAAUAGAUCAUCCUGCUCCACCUAAAAAGAUUAUCAAGCAAGUAAAAUGCAUUAAUUUUUCUGACCGAGACUCUCCUCUUCGCCAAGAGCAAAAAUCCCCUAGUAAAUCAAAAUUUCAAUUCGAAGGCAGAAGAGGCAGAAAGCCAGAUUGGUAUAAGUAGAUGAAGGCUUAGGAAAAAUUUGUAGAAGAUAAAAAAAUUCGAAAUCAAAGCAAAGAUAAAACCUAUAAUAGGAAUCUUUCAGAGAUUAUUCUCCCAGCCAGAAAAUAAAGCAUUACUGAAGAUGAAAUAGAAGAGGAAGAAGAUAAAUAAUAGGUAAAUCUUGAAGGAAUAAUCGAAUCACAUAUAUUAUUGUAAGAUAUCAUGCCAUAGAAAUAGAACAGGAAAAUUAGCUGCAAUAUAUCAAACUACUAAUGUGACAAAUUCUGCUAUGAACCGACUAAAGAUCAAAAUUUAAAUUAAGAGGAUAUUGAAAAGCAAAUAGAUGAAUUAUGCAAUAAUACCACUGCAGAAUCAUAGAAAAUUCCUGAUUCUCACUUAUACCAACAUGUUUAGAAUUUCAUGCUAUGUCCUAAGUAGCAGGAAAUCUCAAAUACUUGCAAUUAAAUAGGGGGUUCAUUGACUAAUGCAUUAAAAUUAUUCCUUGAAAAGAAUGACUCUUAAUUCCUCUCUAUAACUAUAGAACGAUGUGUUCCAGAGUUAAUGAAUUUAUUUAAGAGUAAUUAUGUUACAGUUGAUGUCCUAUUAAAUACUAGAGUAUCUAAAUAACUAAAUGAGGUUUAUGAGUUCUGUCAUUCAUAUCAAGAAAUAGAAAAGAAGUAAAUUAAUGUACUAGAAGAUUAACUGUAGCUCUCACGUUAACUUAACAAUUUGAAAAGACUCCUUGAUAGCAUUUUAAAGAAGUGGAAAAAUUAUCUGAUGAAAGUAUAUUUUAAUGAGAAUAACUAAAAAGUAAACUUUGAGAAGCAGAUUAACAAAUAUUUUAAUAAUUUAAAGAAAAAUUAGAUCUAGAUAAAAGUUGGCAACAAAAGUUUGGGGUUUGAUUAAGAAUUUUUAAAUAAAAGAGAUGAUUUGAGAGAAGAAUAAAUGUACGAAAUUCAAAGUGAUUGA